AUGCCAACUAAAAAAAAGAAUUAUUUGAGAAUUGUACCUCAUAUUGAUACAGAUUCACGACCUUUUAUAUUUGAUAUUAUUGAAAAAGAAAUUAAUGAAACUAGUCUACUAAAAUUGGGUCGAUUUACAGAUAGAAAUAACUUGUUUACAAAUCGAAUUGCUUUUAAAAGUAAAGUAGUCAGUCGUGGACAUGCUGAAAUAUGGAUAAAAGAUAAUCAACUUUAUAUUAAAGAUAUUGGCUCUUCUUCUGGUACCUUUAUUAAUAGGAUUAGAUUAAGUCCAGCUAAUCAAAUAUCAGAAGCGUAUUUAUUAAAUAAUGGAGAUAUUGUACAAUUAGGAAUGGAUUAUCAAGGUGGAAUAGAAGAAAUGUUCCGAUGCAUAAAGAUGAAAAUAGAAUUAAACAAUGAAGCAUUAAUAGAGAGUCCAUCAAGAUAUGGACUUGAUAACUUUAGAAAUAAUAUAGUAGCUUCAUGCGGUAUUGCUGAUAAUACAAGUAUUAAGGCAGAAAAUAUCGAUGAAUGUUGUAUUUGUUUAUAUGCAAUUGCACCCUUUCAAGCUUUAUUUGUAGCCCCUUGUUCUCAUUCUUUUCAUUUUAAAUGUUGUUAUCCUCUAUUACAAAAUUAUUAUCCAGGCUUUAAUUGUCCUUUAUGUAGAUCCUAUGCUGAUCUCAAUGCCAGUGUGUCUAUUGAUACAGAAGAAGUUGUUCACAUGUUAAAGCAGCAACAAGGAACAAAUCAAAAUUAA